AUGAACAAUAUGCAGCCAAAUAGCCAUGGCGGCCCCCAAAAUGGGCUGUUUGCCCAUCAAGGGACUACGAACCCCAAUCCUUCCAUCUCGCGCCCGUUCACGCUACAGGAGUCGCUUCCUUAUUCACCACAGACCUCGACUAUCCCAUUCAUUUCCGAUAUAAUCCCCGACCCGACUCUGGGUUCAGGAUCUGUCUCGUUGCCCCUAUCCGACUUGUUCCAAACCCAAGAGUUCAACACCCUGAACAGAGAGAUCGCUGGGCAGCCCCAUAUGCCGCGAAACGUCAAGCAAGUCGUCGACCAUGUUCUGCAGGACAUCAAGCCAGGCCAGAGAACUCGAUACAAGUUUUGCGCCGUCUCGAGAACGUCCUCAGCUCCACCAACCGGCAAGGGUCUGAUCGAUGACCUGUCGCCGAUUUCGAAGACGAUCGUUGAGAAAGUAGGCAUAGGAUCCUAUUACAAAGCGUCAAAGUCGACCGUACCCGAAUCGAAGCAACCGAACGGACAUCCGAAAGGCCAUCCGACCCCCAAACUGCCUCAUACCUCACUUAACGCGCCGACUACUCCUCAAUCCUCGCACCCGGCUCAAAACUCUCAGGCCCAUAGGUCCAACUCCGUUAGGAUCGAGGUUGCCAUACCGUCUAAGAGACAGUUCGAUCCAUCCGCGUACGUUGAUGUCAGCAACGUCACUCAGCAAGAGGUUCCCGCUCCUGUUCAGUCGCAACAUCUGCAUCAAGCGCAACAGUACCCGCAGCAGAUGCAAACGCAACCACAGCUGUCGGCCAAACCACUUCAGCCAACCCCUGAAGCUGGUCAGAACCCAGCAUUCCGUAUCGAACUUCCCGCCGCGAAUAUCAACCGUGAUGAGUAUAUCGAAGUGGAGGACCGACCGGACGAUCCACAUCAUCUAUCGGUGCGGAAAGGAAACCAACAAGAGUACUCCGACAGCCAAGAUUUGAUUGGCGAGAGUCUUGACCAGCGUCAACGGAGCGAGGCGGCAUUGGACACGCUCGACAAGCUUGUCCGUUCAGUCUUCACCUCUGUGCAUAGAGUGCUUUCGAUGGAACCCGGCUAUGAUCAUAUCGUCUCGGUGUCUCAAGAUCAAGAGGUCGCUAUGACCGCCUCUACGCAACAGAAGAUGCAUGGUGCGAUUCAAAAGACCAUCUCUCUGAGGUGCUUUGACCGCGUUCCGGUCGAGCAUUUGAUGCAGAUUAUGAAGCUGAGUGAAGCGAGCUUGAAGCAGGUCGAAGACUGGGAAAUGCGAGUUGACGAUGGUUGGUCCGAGGAAGAGGUCAACACCUGGGUGCAACAACUUGCAGACGUGGAGACGAUGUUGAAGUCGGCUCGAACAUGCCUUCGCAUCCUCUCGGGGGGCAGAGACGACAAGCAACUCUACUCGGAGACCGUCAUUCAACGAAGUGUCGACAUUUUCAGAAAGGUCACAGAAGACAUUGUGAUGCUGUUGGUGGAGCUCCGUCCAUCUGGCUCUGCUGCAACUGCCUUCAAGGCCUUUUCCAAGAACAAGAAACCCAUUGCGACCAUCUUCUUGGGUUGCCAGAAGCUCUUCGCCUUGCUGGCAGAGCUCGUCACAAAGAUUGAGCUUUCAGACACCGUCAUCAAUUCGCUCGAGUUCACUGCAUCACGACUUAUCUUUAUGGACAACGCCUAUUUCGAAAAGGAUUCCGUUGUUGGUGUUCAGAAAUUCGACGGACUACGCUCCGUGGCGAUGGACAUGCUCUGCCAAAUCUUUCUGAUCAAGCCCCAGCAGCGCCAAGGCAUCAUUGACGAGAUUCUUACUUCUCUUGAGAAGUUGCCGGUCGGCAAGCAGAGUGCUCGGCAGUUCAAGCUUUCUGAUGGAGGCAGUAUUCAGCCAGUCUCGGCUCUGAUCAUGAGAUUGGUUCAAGCCAGCUCGGGGCGAGUAAACAACAGCAACGAGCACAAUCGCAACAAGUUGAUGCGAAACAUCAAUGGCGAGGAAGAAGAAGAUGACGACGACGAGAAUCUUCCUCCUGAAAGCAAACGUUUCGUAUCCUCGAUUAAAAGUGAGGAGCAAGGCGCGAGACAGCAUGCGGUCUCUAUUAAAGAUCUCGAGACUUCGGUUGCUCCGCUCCUGGACACUGCGCAGCGCAACGCAAGCUACGUGAUCAACUUUAUGGUUUCGCGUGCCAUCAGCUCCACCAAGUCGGGCGAUUCCCCCUAUCGAAACUUGCUUGAUCUCUUUGUCGAGGACUUCACCACCUGCCUCGACCUGCCUGAUUGGCCGUCAGCUGAGCUUCUUCUUCGUCUUUUGGUAUUCAUGAUGGUGCAGCAAUUUGAAGGCCCAAAAACGGCAGCCCCAGCAAAGAAUAUGGCUUUGGAGUUGUUGGGUGGCUGCAGUGCCGCAAUCUCUCGACUUCGAUCUCACGUCAAGAGAUUGGUAAGCUCUUCCGAAGGCAAUGACGCGGAUGACCUAUCUCGCUAUCUUGCCGAUCUUGCGACUCAAGCCAGGGAGCAGAGGACCCGGGUGGAGCAAAUUGUCGCUUGGGCCGGUCCCUACCGAGCAACCCUCGAAUCCCUUCAGGGCCGGUGUCACGAUGAUCCUCACCUGCUGAGUGCCAUCUCGUUUCUGGUUACAGGUUGGGCAUCCCAGGUUCACAACGGUUACGACUCAUACCAAGAGAGCGACGAUGAGCGAGAUGAGGAACUCGGGCGCCUGGGGUACAGACUGAGAAUGAUGAUCGAGGAUCGUCGCUGGCUUGUCAACGAGUACACCUUCAAGUCGGUCUCAGCGAACCAGGCCAAGCUCGCCUACUCGAUCAUUUUGCUACGAUCGCCAUUCUGCGAGGCCUAUGACAAGAUCCUCAACAUUCUACUCCGUUCGAUGGGAACCGAUCAAGCCACAGUGCGGAGCAAGAGUUUGAAGAGUGUCAACCAGGUGCUUGAGACAGAUCCGUCCAUCCUGGACGUCAAUUCAAACGUUCUCAACAAGAUUUUGGAGUGUGCUGGCGACACGUCAACACAAGUUCGAGACUCUGCCCUCGGCUUGCUUGGCAACUGCAUGACCAUGCGGCCUGCCCUUGAAGACGCUUUGACAGAGGUAGUUGUCAACCGCUUUCAAGACUCCGGCGUCGGUGUGAGGAAGCGCGCCAUGAAGCUUGCCCGUGACAUCUAUCUUCGCAAUCACAGCAGGGCUCUACGAAGCUUGAUUGCAAACGGCUUGCUCCGCCGAGUGCACGAUCCUGAUGAAAGCGUGUGCGAUCUUGCCCGUCAAGUUAUCGAAGAGGUUUGGUUUGCCCCCUUUUAUCGAGACGAUGGGACCGCUGUCUACCAGACCUCGCUCACCGAGCACGUGUCCCUCGUGAUACAGACAGUCAACUCGGGAAUGCUGUCUGAGACACUCGACAAGGUCUUUAGGUCCAUUCUCAGACCAAAGGACAAAUCUCUACAGGGACCAUUCUCUGUCUGCUCCAAACUCGUGGCCAACAUGUUUGGGCUCAUUGACAACCUGGACUCGGACGAUUCCACCGUCCCCUCCGGACGUGAUGCGUUGAACGUGCUUACGAUUUUUGCUAAUGCGGACCCCAAGCUCUUCAACUUUGAACAAAUCCGCCUCUUGAAGCCACAUCUGGCAAGCUUCGCCAAGCCCGAGGAGUUGACUGCUUUCCGAAGUGUGACAGUUAUCUAUCGGCGAGUGCUUCCCACACUCUCGACUGUCCAUUCCGACUUUCUGCUGGAAGUUCGCAAGUUGCUGCUGGGUGCGGUCGGCAAACUCAACUUGCGGGCACCCCUGGAUGAUUUGAUCGCCUGCACCUUGGUCGUCUGCGAGUUGCUAAACGUGUUUGAGCCCCUGGCAAAUGCCAUGGCAUCUAGUCUUGCGGGACUGCAGCGUCUGCGCAGCAUGGGCAAGUUGGAUGAAAAAACCAGCCUAUAUCUCAACGCAUACUGCCUCGUCAUUGGCAUGAUUGCAAAGCACUGCGACCUUGACAACUGCCCGGGACCGUUCAAGAAGAAAUUCCCCAAAUGGCCGGGGGGCUCAGUCGCAAGACUGGCUAUCGACACAUUGGCCCCGUUCACCGCCCCUUCGCAGCCCCUGGACAGUCGCAGACCAGCCCUCGACGCCAUCGGGUUGGCUUGCCAGUCCUGGCCGCGCAACUAUGUCAUCCCCAAGGUAUAUACGGCGUUCCAGCAGGUCUUUGACGAGCAGGUACCCAGCCUUGAGAAUGCGAUCCUGAGAUCAUUCAGAGAAUUCCUCAUUAUCGAGGAGAAGCGGUCCGAGACGGCAGGACAAGUCCCAUCAGGCAAGAAGAAGGAGUUGACAGUCAUGGGAGGAACCAGCUAUGAUGAUGUGGCCAGUGCCACUACGCAGAGAUUCCUCAAGGACAUCACGCGCAUUGCGCUCUCAAGCCAGGAUGAACAUGCGUUUCUCGCCAUGGAGGUCCUGGGAAGCAUCAACCGACAGGGUUUGACUCAUCCCAAGGAAACCGGCGUGACCCUGAUAACACUCGAAACGUCUUCGAACCGCAAGAUUGCCGAGUUGGCGUGGGAAGAGCACCGGUCUCUGCACGAGAAACACGAGACGGUGCUGGAACGAGAGUAUGUCAAGGCAGUUCAGUCCGCCUUUGCUUACCAGCGAGACGUUGUUGGGGAGCCACAUGGCGCUACCACGAACCCAUUCCAGUCCAAGUUGCACUACUUGAUGGAAACGCUCAAGAUAAGCAAGAUGAAGAACCGCCAGCGCUUCUUGGACAAGCUCUGCGGACAGGUGGACUUUGAACUGGCCAAACUGGACAUGUCAGGCGACAUCCCAACGCAGAUGGUCUAUGCACGAUUCAUCAUUGAGAAUCUGGCAUACUUCGAGUACCAAACGAUGGGAGAGCUGCAGACCACGGUCAACGCGAUGGAGAAGAUCCUAACCAGCACGGGUGCCCCGGUGGCUCAAGCCAUUGAGUCGGAAGUGUUCAACGUCCGGAUGGAUGUUGACCAGCCACCGGCGGCUCCAGAUGGACCCCCUGGGUUUUCUACAGCGGAUUCCAUUUCGGUCUCGGCACCUGUUGACGGCCAACCAUCAGUCGCACCAGCGCCAGCAUUUGCGUUGACAGUCGAGCCAGCCCGUCUUCGACAGCUUACAACAGCGGCAAUUAUCCUGUUGUCCAUGUGGGAGGUGCGAACAUUUAUUCGUCGCCUUUUCGGCAUGGGCCUCAAGCGACAGGACACCAAGGUCAAGGCACUGGCCAAAGAUCUGAACAAGUCUCCCGUCAAGGUGCAAGGUGUGCAUGGAGACAAGGUCUGGGACGAGAUCGAGUCUCUGAUGAAGGGCCUCCAGGACCAAGAGCACAUGAUCAAAACAUGCUCGGCGUUUGUGGAGCUCCUCAACGUUGACAAAGACCUGAAGGUGGCAGAAGACGCUGGCGAGAUGGACCUGGAGCCGGCGACUCCCAGUGCGGACGAGGACGAGGAGGGCGAUGUAAUGGCGGAUAGAGGACGUAAGCGGAAGGGCGGGUCGACACCAGGAGGACGCAAGAAACGGGCGCGGUCGAGCUCACAGCCUCGAAAACGGGGCCGACCUCGCAAGAACCGAGAGAGCGUCGAGCACGAUGUUGAAGCGGACCUUGACGGGGACUGGUUUUAA